CGGACAAGAAAAUUUUUCUUUGUCUUGCGAGCUCUGGGUUUGAACUAAUGACUUUAGCACAAAGAAAAAUUUUUUUGUCCGUUCCAAUCCACGGAUAAUUUUCCUGAGUGGAAACUAGCCUUAAGAAUAUACAAGUUUUCCUUGACAAGUUUUAUUAGCUCGUAAACUUGUCAAAGAAAACUUGUUGAGCGUUAUCUGGCAUUUACACACGAAAGUCCCCUUGCUGCAUGCAGUUCAAUACGUCAGCGUGACUUGUCAACCGUACUAAACAUGCAAAUUUAAUUCAUAAAUGUAACAGUAAGAGCGACCAAAACAGUCUGAUCAAAAUUCGUGUGUGUCUUUGAGCGUAUUGCUGUGUCCAUUAGUGCACGUUUCUUCUUACUGUAUAUAUAGCUCGGCAAGGAACACGUUAAAGAAAGAUACCGCACGUUAAAGAAAGAUACUGCACGAAAGACAAGCAAAAUGGAACACGAAAACGAAGCAACACGGAAGGGACCUGUAGCGAUUGUUGGCGCCGGUCUGGUGAGUCGACGUUUGUGAAAAUUGCUCUUUAACUGAUGUCCCACUUUGGCCCGAAUAAAUUCCUAUACUUAUACUUCCUAUACUUAUAAAUACCUAUACUUCUUGUAUACUGGUUUACACUGUCAAAAUUCCUGUGGUCGCAGUAGGAAUUUUGCAAAGGUAAAUUCUAAGUUUUGAAGGAUUUGUAAGAAAUGUUUGAGGUAUAGCCGACUCAGUGUUUAACAUUAAGUUAGUUCCUUCAAACAUUCUUACAAAUCCUUCAAAAAUUUACCCAUGCAAAAUUCCUACUGUGAUCACAGAAACUUUGAUAGUGUAAUUUUUUUGGGAAAAUUUGUCAGGUGUACUUCACUGGAGCCCGUUUUCCACUAAGCGAAUUUGGAAAAACUUGCUUCGAGCAAAACGAUUCGCCUAGUACAAAACAGGGUUUAAAUGCUUCGUAGAAUAUAACCUUUCAGGAUAAAAUGUAAAACCUUGUGACGUCAAUUGUUCCAUUCUUUUCUUUGUUGAACAAGUUUGCGUUACUUUAAAGCAUACUGUGUUUUUCUGAACAGUGACCAGUUGGUCGUCUGAAUGCAUGUCCUCGUUAGCAAUCUAGGGCUUUGUUGGAAUAAUUUGUGAAAGGAAGGUACCACACUGUUUUAUAUUGAAUAGGCAUUUGCCAGACAUCUCCAAGGGGUAUGAUUCCGAACAAUUCUUCCCCCUUAAUUAAGGCUAAUUUCCACUCGGAAAAUUAUCCGUGGAUUGGAACGGACAAGAAAAUUUUUCUUUGUUUUGAAGUCAUUGGUUUCAACCCAGAGCUCACAAGACAAUGAAAACUCUUCUUGUCAGUUCCAAUCCACGGAUAAUUUUGCUGAGUGGAAAUUAGCCUUUAGUCCUUAGAGGCUUUGAAUGAUCGCGGUGUUAGCUUAUAUAUAAUAUAUUUAAAAAGAUUUCAGGGUUGUGUUUUCUUUCUUGGUUCUACCAGGUGGGAACAUUGAAUGCAAUAUAUCUGUCACAAAGAGGAUACACUGUCAACGUGUAUGAAGCAAGAAAAGGUACAUCCGUCAACUCAGGGACGCCGGAACGAUCAUAAGGCAAAGGGGGGCGGACCCACAGCAAGGGCACUUCUCAAAAGCAAAACUUCAAAAUCUUCGAAUUUUUUUGUUUUUAUCAAAAAAUUUCGGCGACCCCCCCCCCCCCGCGUCGUCAAAAAAAUUUCGGUCAGUGUACCAUUUUAGGGGUCAAAAAAUUUUUCCGGACAUACCAUAAGUGAAAUAUAAACUGUGAAUUGUCUGAAUCUCAUAAUUUUCGUACAAAACCAACGUUCUAAAUGUGAUUUAUCACGUAUUUUUUUAUAACUAAAAGGGCACUUCUGCCCCCCCUAGCAAAAGGCAGGGGGGGGCAGCCGCCCCCCCUGCCCCCCCCCAGUUCCGGCGUCCCUGCGUCAACUACACUUUAAUUAUAGUAAUAUACGUUGAAUCAAACUUCGGUUGAUACGGAUACAACUACCUGAAAAAUACAAGGAGAACUUCGACGUUUCAAGCAGGGGUAGAAAAAGUAUCGGACCAUUGGUCCCAGCAAAAUGUUCUGAGUUCCCAGAAUAUAUUUUCUAACCAAUAGAAAAAAUUCUAACCAAUAGAAAGAAUGUUACCUGUACUGUAGGUAUAACCUCAGAAAUGCAAUUAUAAGUGCAUCCAUCUUAAUAUUGCGAUAGGGUAUAAAUGCAUAGACUAUAUAGAAUGAUGAACAUGUUACAUCACUGUUGUAUGGCACAUGCAUUUUUAGCCAAUCUGGGACACUUGAUUUUCAAAAUGUUCUUGGGGAGCAUGGAUCCGCUGAUAGUGCCCCCCCCCCCUAGUAGUGCCUUUUUUGGCAUCUGUAUUUACCUUGGGGUCAGACCUUUGAUGCAUGUUAUCUAAAUUAGUUACAUUCCUAAAAGUAUUUUAAGAUUCUCAGUGCACUGAAACACAUUUUUUUGUGUUACUGUCGUUCCAAUUGAAGUGUUCCUCGAAUAUUGAUUCAAUACAUUACCUCGGGCUGACCAAUUCAUUUGAUCAAGUUCCUCGAAAUAUUCAUACACUUCCUAGUAUAAUUGUAAACUUCCUGUUGAAUAGUUUGAAUGCACCAAUCACCUUUGUUGUUUGUGCAACUAACCAAUCAUAAAUAGAAAGAAAGUGACCAGAAAUGAUCAAAUACUUGGAAUUGGCUCUUUCACAGGAAGUGUAUGAAUAUCUCGAGGAACUUGAUGAAAUGAAUUGGUCAGCCUGAGGUAAUGUAUUGAAUCAAUAUUUGAGGAACACUUCAAUUGGAACGACAGUAAAAUAUAGCAUGACAUUCACUUUGACAACUUGUUAGUGUCACACAGUGUCCGAGUGUCGAUUUACUUGAUUAUAUUUGCAGAAAAUUUUCAAUCUUCUCUUGCGGUCCUAUAGAAAGUGAAAUAUUUUUUCCAUCCCUGGUUUCGAGCGAAGGCCCUUCUACUAACUUCACGAUGAAGGGCCUUCGCUCGAUAGUUGUAUCCCAAUCAAUCUGACGUUUCAUUAUUGCCACUACCUGCACAGACCUUUCAAGAAUAUAUGCAUGUUGAACCAGACUGUAGAAGAUUUCUGCGCGGCAGUAUUUAACCAGUAUCUGUUGUUUCAGAUAUCAGAACUCAGGAAUUUUUCGAAGGAAGAAGUAUUAAUCUCUCUCUGUCUACACGAGGUCGUGAAGCUCUAGAAGUGGCCGGAGUCUCCGGACCUGUAAGACACUCCAUUGUGUAAUGUUUAUGGGGUUUUGUAGAUGGAAAUUUCCAGUUUGAAUAUUAUACAUUAAUUAGACCUAACGAGGAGCGAAAAAUGAAACUAUACAUAGGCCCUCUUGUUAGCCGUCUAAUUAAUUAACAAUUAUUCCCUGAAGGAAAGGUGAUUAUCGGUGAAUGAAAACCGAGACGAAGUCGAGGUUUUUAUUCACGAUAGUCACCAAGCCGGAUGUGAAUAAUUGUUUUAGUGUAAUUUCAUAGGUGAUUAUUUGGGGGGAAAAUAAAAAUACACAUUUCGUAGUCAUUUAAUUGACAAAACGGCUUCGACCGCCAUUUCGUUAAUCGCUUAGGUGAUUAUCGCGUUAUAAUCACCUCAACGGCAACCAAUUAGCAUGGAGAAUUGUCCAUAAUCACCUAUGUAAUUAUACGUACUGUUUAAUAAACGCGUAGGAGUGUUUCAUUAGGUUUAAAGACACGAGCGCGCAGUGCGAGUGGCUUUAGACCUAAUAAAACACGACCUGCGAGUUUAUUAAACGGCUUCAAACACGACUACAAAUUCAAUAGAUAUACUGCUUUAUUAGUAUUCUUUAUAUAAAAAAUACUAAUGAGGACACGACUACAAUUGAUACUGCCUUAUUAGUAUUCUUUAUAUAAAGAAUACUAAUUAGAAGUGUUUUAUCAGGUUUAAAGCCACUGCACGUGACAUAUUAUGGUUGACAUGAUUUGCCAAUAAGCUUAUGAAUUAUUAAUGAGUGUUUGAAUUGAUGUAUAAUAUUCACACUAGAAAUUUCCAUCUACGAAACUCUUCUAUACAAUUGUAGUUGUAGACUGAUAAAGCACCCCUGAUCGUGUUUUAAAUGGCUUAAAAAACGACCCAUCUUAUGAGUUCAUUGGCGAAGUAAUUUUAAAAAUAAAUGAACAUGAUUUUUUAUCACAUAUAAAACCAGCGACAUGGUCGUGAUUUCCAUUGUCUUCUCUCAUCAAUUAUCAGUUUUUUAUGGAGUACGUCGUAUCUGAAACUGCGCAUAUAGUAAAGUAACUGAUGUCCUCAUAUAUUAGAUCGAAGAGCAAAGUGUUCCAAUGUAUGGAAGAUAUAUUCAUGAACUAUCAGGAAGGACAAAAAUUAUGAUGUACGGAAGUCAUGGGGAGGUAAAGUGACAAACAAGUCAACUUGUGCUUUGAUCAAAUAUUUCAAAUGCUAGAGGUUUUACCCUACACAUACUUUAAUAUUUCGUUCUUAAAAUUCUUUGUACGUUCAUAUUUCGUUUUCUUCACAGCGCUUGCUCUCCAUCGGCAGACGAAAGUUAAACGAAUACUUGCUCACAGGUAAGUCAGAUAAGCCUAACUACAUGAUUUAAUCCAAGCAACAUUUGAUGU